UCAAAGAGCGCAGGUCUCUUACGGCCGACGAUGUCGACCGCGAACCAAGAAAGUGAACCUGCCAAGUACGGGUGGUGGGCGGUAGGCCUGUGAAAGGUAAGGUAAGGGUGAAACAUAGGGAGUCACGCGAGGCAACCCCCGUGAAACGGAGGCGGUUCGAGAAACGUUCCCUUAGCGUGUGGUGGAUUAGUCAGUCCUGCAGGAUGAGGCGCGCGACGUGGUUGCUUUUCGCGUCGGUUUUGCUUCUCGUCCAGAGGAUCCAUGUUAUCCGCGCUCAGAGGACCCAUGCUCGACAGGGUUCCAAUCGCGAGACCACGACGACUGUUACGAUACCGGGCCAGGGAACCGUCCUCGGCAAAGAGGUAACUAUCGGCAAUUCGAUAAAAGUGACGCAGUACCUUGGCAUCCCUUACGCACAACCCCCAAAAGGUGAACUUCGUUUCGCGCGACCAGUGACAGAUCCUCUUCCCUCUUGGAACGAAGUGAGAAAUGCAACGCAAUUCGCACCGUCCUGUCAACAGGUCGAAGGUCCUCUUAAAAAGCACGAGAAACUGUACAAAGAAUUGCUAUCGAACAUACCCGAUCCAGGAUUCAGCGAGGAUUGCCUCUUCUUGAACAUCUUCGUUCCUGACGGCCGAACAAACGAGCGAUGGCCGGUGAUGGUUUGGUUUCACGGCGGAGACUUCAAUACCGGAACUCCGGCGAUUUGGGACGCUUCCAUAUUCGUUAUGAAACAAAAGGUGCUGGUGGUGACGGUGGCGUAUCGAUUAAACAUCCUGGGAUUCUUCACGACGACAGACUCCGAGGCGCCCGGCAAUUACGGUAUAUUUGAUCAAAUCGCCGCCCUCGACUGGGUGAAACGAAAAAUCAAGCACUUUAACGGCUCGCCCAGCAACAUCGUCAUCUAUGGCCACAGUUCGGGCGCGAUAAGCGUGGGUCUGCACAUGCUGAGUCCGCUCAGCAGGGGAAAGUUCAACAAAGCGAUCGCCAUGAGCGGCGACGCCAUCAAUUCCGUCCGUUCGCCGGAAAUGGAAGUUCCGGUGGUGAACUUCGUAGCCGACAAGUUCGGGUGUAACCGACAACCGACCAGCGCGCUGAUGGAGUGCUUGCGCCGACUCGACGCCGAUCAUAUUGUCAAGCAUACCUCCAGCAUCGAGAGCUGGGGUCCGAUCGUCGACGCCGAGACCAACAACGGGACGGAUCCUUUCCUUCCGCAACACCCGAAAGAUAUCUUGGAUAGCGGUAAUUUCAAUGCAGUACCGCUGAUCGUCGGUUACACGAAGAAUGAGCAAGUUCUGGCGAUUAUAGAGUCCACGAGAGAAUAUGGAGGGGAUUUGGAGAACGGACUAUCUCCGGAAAGGUUCGAGACAAUGAUCUUAGACGAGUUCUCAUCAGCGGUGCCGUUUAUGGAUGAGAAUAGCACUUGCACAUCAAAGCCAGAAAUGGUGACGAAUGCGGUGCUCUUCUUCUACAAACCAUAUCCAUCCACGAGAAAUACGACGGUGUUUCGCGACCGAUACUUGGAUCUGCAAACAGAAAGAACUUUCGGAGCUGGUCUGACUAUGUUGGCCGGCCAGGUGGCGAAACGGGCGACGACUUUUGUCUAUCGAUUCGACUACCGUGCCAAGACGCAAUCGGUCACGAAAGAAAUACCGGAAUGGGCGGGCGUGCCACAUAUGUUCGAAUUACCGUUUGUCUGGGGUUUACCGUUUCAGAUGAGCAGUCCGCAGAUGCAAUGGUUGCCUAAUGAUAGGAAGACAUCAGACACGAUGAUGACGAUGAUGGCGACAUUUGCCAAGACUGGCGACCCUUCCAUCACAGGUGGGACUGGACCAUCGGUCAAGUGGGAGUCCUUCACGCAGGACGAUCCAAAAAUCCUAAUUAUUGACAAGAACAUAGAAAUGGGCGAGCCAAAUGCGGUUGAUCACAAGGCGCUUGCGUUCUGGAACGAUUAUUAUCCGCAAGUCGUGGAAGAGGCGACGACCUGUUGCAAUGUCACGAACACAGCACGAAGAUUAUUUUCGUACAGUAUAUAUCUCAGCGGCAUGACGACUACGAUGGCAUUAUAUCUCUUCUGGUUCUAGCUACGAGCACACAGCAAAUACUUAAAUAAACAAAAAAACAUGUUGCGCUCGCUGUUAUAUUUUUUUAAUAGACCAAAGAACCGACGGCAUCGUCGAAUUUUUCCAAUUUUGUAACGAGAUCUCUCUUCCUUCCCGACUCUUUACUUCUUCUAAAGCAAACGCAAUAACAAUCUUGUUAUACUUUGUGUAGAAUAUAUAUCUUGCGCGAAUAGAUUCUUUAUUCGCGAUAACUGCUGACGUUAUAAUAUUAGACGCAUUAAUCGCGUUGCAAAAUUUUCGUACAGAUAUAUUGUGAUAUUGUAAUCGUUAAAUUAAUUUUUCUAUGUUCGCAUUUUUUGACACGCAUCA